GCGUUUACCUUGGUGAGGGUGCCUUUGCUGCCUCUUCCGCCACCUGGAGUUUCUUGGGAUCCUAGGGUUUCUUUACCAACCACUAGGGAACACAAGGAGAAGAAGCGGAGUCCAGGCGCCUGUAACCCACGCCUCCCACGCCUUUUUAACCCGAGAUCGCCCCGGCAGGGAUGGGCGAUCAGAUUUGGCUGUCCUUCCCGGUGCUUCUCUUGGUCGCUGGGCCACCAGUGCUGCUGCCGGGGGCGGCCAGCUUCACGCCCUCCUUAGACAGCGACUUCACGUUUACCCUUCCGGCCGGCCAGAAGGAGUGUUUCUACCAGCCCAUGCCCCUGAAGGCCUCGCUGGAGAUCGAGUACCAAGUUUUAGAUGGAGCUGGAUUAGAUAUUGAUUUCCACCUUGCCUCUCCAGAGGGUAAAACUUUAGUUUUUGAACAAAGAAAAUCAGAUGGAGUUCACACGAUAGAGACCGAAGUUGGUGACUACAUGUUCUGCUUUGACAAUACAUUCAGUACCAUUUCUGAGAAGGUGAUUUUCUUUGAACUAAUCCUGGAUAAUAUGGGAGAACAGGAGCAAGAACAAGAAGACUGGAAGAAAUAUAUUACCGGCACAGAUAUGUUGGAUAUGAAACUGGAAGAUAUUCUGGAAUCCAUCAACAGCAUCAAGUCCAGGUUAAGCAAAAGUGGUCAUAUCCAGACUCUUCUUCGAGCCUUUGAAGCCCGUGAUCGAAAUAUACAAGAAAGCAACUUUGACAGAGUCAAUUUCUGGUCUAUGGUUAAUUUAGUGGUCAUGGUGGUGGUGUCAGCCAUCCAAGUUUAUAUGCUGAAGAGUCUAUUUGAAGAUAAGAGGAAAAGUAGAACUUAAAACGCCAAACUAGGGUACUUACACUGAAAAACAGAGGUGGAAAAUGCAAUAAACUGUUACAGUCAAUAGUCUUUUAAAAAUGUUUUUGGCGUAAGAGUGAAACAAGGAGAAUUUAAUGUGAAAGGAAAAGUUUUUACUUUUGUCUGCACAAGGAAUCUUAUUCAUCCGGUUGAACUUAGUGUGUACUAAAUACUUUGUCAGAGUAAGUAUAAUUGAAUGAAGCCAUAUUAGUAACUGUUGUCUUAAAUUUGAAAAGUUUUGAAAAUGUC